AUGUUACAUUUUGUUUCCAGAGAUAUCGGAAAAUCGGACAAACGUCCACCCUCUUCUAUGUCCACUGGAUCAGCAGACAGUGGAGUCUUCUCAUCUGGAAUCCAUGCAUCAUCCCCAGGUCACAGUCAAAGGAGUGAGGAAUCUGGAUCCCAGCAAAGUGGACCACCCAGUCCGACGACACAUUUGAAUACGUUACUUUUUGAAACUGCAAACUUGAUCGCAGUAAAUGAACAAUUGAGAAAAGAAAUCGCAGAAAACAAACAAAUCCAAAACAUUCAGAUGAGGGCACUUAACAGAAUGACAGUCACAAAUCCUGCUGAUAGUUUUGGAGGAGCUACUGUUCCCAAUGGAUUUCCACAACGUGCACCACGCGGCGAGAGAAGAAUGCAGAAGCCAGAAUCCUACAAAACAGUCAUCUGUCAAGCUUGGCUCGAGUCCAAAACAUGCAACUUUGCCGAGAAUUGCCGAUUUGCUCAUGGAGAAGAUGAGCUCCGUCCGUCGAAAAUCGAACCACGACAAAACAACAAAUACAAGACAAAACUUUGCGAUAAAUACACGACGACCGGACUUUGUCCCUAUGGAAAACGGUGUCUUUUCAUUCAUCCGGAUCACGGACCAAACGCUUACAUUCGAGCUGAUAGACUCUAUGAGGUCUCACAACGACACGCUCUUGCCGAUCUCCGUGAUCAUAUGGAGACUCAAAUCAUGUCGGGUGCUGCUGGAAAGAAUCCAUUUGUGCAGCUUCCUUUAUCGAUGGUUCCGGAAAUUCAACAAUUGGUGACAGCUGGAAGACUCUCACCUGUUCCUGAUGCUAGAAAUCUAUCGAUUGGGAAUCAACGGAAUUCAAUGAGAUCUCCAACAGGGAAGAUGAGUUGUGAAGCCGCUCGUCCUCAUCCUAGUUGGCCAUUGGAGUCGAAUGCUUUCUACCUACCACCAGAAACAUCGAUCAACAAUAAUAAUCCGUUCGAUUCCUCUCCAAGCAUUCAACCAUAUUUUGUAACUGCAAAACAAGCGGGAGUUCCGUUCCCAUCAAUUUCCCACAACCCUCAACAAUCGGAUGAGGAUGCGAUGUCAACGAUUCCUGGAUUCGAUCAUCUUGCAGAAGAUAUGGCAAGACAUCUGGAGUUGUGGUGA